CAAAAUGCUCCUGAGGCAGUAUAAACAAAUAUUACAAAUGCAUAAAGCAAUGCCUGUAUCACAGUGUAUAUGUGGACACUUGUAUUAUAAGCACCAAAGAUUAGAUAAGUUGUACAGAGUACAUUCAACACAGAGUGAUCAGCAUAGACAGAAAGUUGUCAUUGAGACCAGUACACCAAAGAUAGUGAUAGAUAAGAUCCCACAUUCUAAUUUAAAGGUGUAUUGGAGGGAUAAAGUUGAUCCAUACAUACAGUUGUCUCGGUGGGACAGACCUACAGGAGUUUACCUACUCUAUUACCCUGGCGCCUGGUCAAUAGCAUUGGCAUCAUUACCUGGGAAUGUAGACGCAUAUACCAGUUUGUAUGUGGCUGGCUUGUUCCUGGCCGGAGCUGGAUUGAUGAGAGGCGCUGGAUGCACCAUCAACGAUCUGUGGGACAGAGAUAUUGAUGCACAGGUAGAAAGAACGAAGAAUCGUCCUCUGGUCUCCGGGGUGAUAUCCCAGAAGCAAGCGGUUGGGUUCCUUGCUGCACAGCUGAGCUUGUCCCUGGGGAUUCUGCUGCAGCUAAAUUGCUACAGCAUAGUGCUCGGUGCUAGCAGUAUGUUUUUCGUAAUAACAUAUCCCCUUGCGAAACGUUUCACGCGAUACCCUCAAUUGUAUCUCGGGGCAACAUUCAACUGGGGCGCACUUCUUGGGUAUUCAGCACUACAAGGGCAAGUGGAUCCUGCUGUCUGCAUACCUUUGUACACCGCUGCCAUGGCUUGGACCGUGCUGUAUGAUACUAUAUAUGCACAUCAGGAUAAAAUCGACGAUUCUAGAAUAGGUAUCAAGUCGACCGCGUUGACGUUCGGUGCUAAUACUAAACCAGCCUUAACGGCUGCUUUAGCCAUCAGCUUAGCCGGCUUCGGAUUGGCCGGCAAUGCGGCUGGCUUGGCAUGGCCGUACUACGCGGCUUUGGGUGCCUAUGCAACUCAUGCUGGUUUACAGAUAUAUACACUUAACCCAGACAACCCAGCAGACUGCGCCAAAAAAUUCAAAUCGAACACCUUAGUCGGGCUUAUAAUACUGAUGGGCAUCAUCGGGGGAGGUUAUCACACAUAUCUGGAGAACAGGAAGAAGAAUAACGGGAGUGACACCAGUGCUGCCAGGAGCUGUUUAUUCGGUUGAUUUUUUACCCCAUAGCCCAGUGGUCAGUGACCCUGCCUACUGAGCUAGAGGACCCGUGUUCUAAUCCCGGUAGGUGCAAACAUUUAUAUGAUGAAUAUGAAUGUUUGUUUCCGUUUCAUAGAUUUUUAUAUGUAUUUAUGUAUGUUUAAGUAAGUAUAUUGUAUUAAAUAUAUCGUUGUCUUUGACCCAUAGUACAGGCUACAGUUUGGGGCAAGAUAAUCUGUGUAAAAGUGGGUCAAUAUUAUCUAAAAAAAAAUAUCAGUGCGAUAUAUAGGUUAGGUAUAUCUUGCAAUAAUGUGAGUAUUGUACAUAUUAUAUAUAUUAUGUUAAUAGUAGCACAUAACAUGUACUAGUCGACUCGUCAUACGUUGCCCUUUCCAAAUAAAAUAUUUUAAUUAUUAUUUUAUCAAAUUAUUAAAACUUUCGUGAUUCAUUAUUAACUUAUUUUUUAAUACGGAUGUACUCGCGACUUAUCGGUGUCCUUCAUCAGGGUGAGUGUGGUGGGUUCGCGAUAACGUUCCGUCUGAUACUGCGGACUUGUGUUCGUAGUGCGCGGCUUGACAGGGCGGGAGGGCGCCGAUUUUUUUUAUGAAAAUAAAGGACGAGACGAGCAGGAUGUUCAGCUGAUGGUAAUUGAUACGCCCUGUCCAUUACAAUGCAUUGCUGCUCAGGGUUCUUGAAAAACCCCAAAAAUUCUGAGCGACAACUACGCUCGUCACCUUGAGACAUAAUAUGUUAAGUCUCAUUUGCCCAGUAAUUUCACUAGUUACGACGCCCGUCAGACCGAAACACAAUAAUGCUUACACAUUACUGCUUCACGGCAGAAAUAGGCGCCGUUGUGGUACCCAUAAUCUAGCCGGCAUCCUGCGCAAAGGAGCUUCCCACUGGUAAAAACUGACACUAUGUCACUAUUGGUGUCCAACGGUGCACAAAAUGUACUCACAAUGACCACUACGUGAUCUUGAGUCUUAUUGUGAGAUGCGUUUUGUAACACUGGUUUCCAAGUAGGUGGACCUCCAAAUGUUCCGAAACUAGUCGGUAAGUGAGUAAAGCCGUAUUAAUAAAUAAAUUAUUUUAUCAAUAUGUUAAAGCCAGCAAAGCUGUUGUUUCAUCUUUGAUCCAAGUGGAAGCGUUCAUUCGUUGCUGAAAUGUUUUAGUGUUAAUUAAAAUGUAUUAUAAUUUGUUGAUAUUGUUGAAAAAGUUACUGAAAAAUUAACUAACUGAAUGUAUUACACCUGAAUACAUUUCCAUCCAAAAUUACUAUUUUCAAUAUAUUGGGUUACUGAGUUGUGCAUCCUUUUAUAAUUUGAAAAAUAAAGUUGUAGCGGGAUUAAUAGACAGCAUAUCUCUAUUCUAUUCUAUUCUCUAUAUUGUGAUUUAGGUGGAAAGGUCACGACAAUCGAGCCAAUGUCAGGUUGAGGUAGCCUACCAGGUAAUGAGUAAAGAUACGGUGUUGAAGAGCAUUCCAGUUUAAAAUGAUCAUUGUUCAGUCCGUACAGUCACUAGCAACUGAAGUUGACAGGUCUGUCUAACUUGUUGCCAAAUUAGCGCCAUCUAGUUGCGGGAAAUGCUGGCACAUUUGCCACAGUCUAUCAAAUCACACUGAAAACUGACGUUUGACAAUUAUUUAUAGAUAUCAGCACUGGAGUUGCGUGAGUUAUGGCAACACUUACUGAAAGUGCAUUCUUAUUUUUUUUAGUAUGUUUUAUUUGGGGUUGUUUUGUUGGUACUAGAUUCUUUUAGACCGUUGUGGUUAUUAUUAAAAUUCGUUUUAAAGUAUUUAAUUUAUGGAUAAAAAAUGGGUUGUUUACAGGAUUGUUAAUAAAUAACUAGACGCCAUAUUUUUUAAUAACGGGUAAUUUUUAAAUUUUAGUAUAAUUUAAGGGUUCAGUAGGCUAUUAAUAGUCUAUGAUUUUUGUGCUUUUUAACGAAUCGAAGACGUCGGAUGUAAUCAGUUCAAAAGCAAGGAUUAUAAGUUCCUCUAAUAUAUGAUAACGAUGUGAUAUUGCGAUAUUUAGAAGUUAUGUUAUGUGUAUUUUGGGAUAAUGCAAUGCGUUUUCGGUCGAUAUUAAAUUAUGAUUAAGAUAACAUUAUUAUUAUGAGAUUAUUGCAGAAACGAUGACAUUUUUAUUAUAGGUUUGCCGACAACAAGUAAUGUAAUGUAUAAUGGAGAAGGUACCUCGGUAUUGUUUUUAAAAUGUGUGACGUCACAAUUGUCGACUUGCUGGUGAUCACUCAUAAUUGGAUCAUCGAAAGAAAUCUGCUCGAGUAUUUGAUCACCUUCGUAUAUUCCACGGGCAGCGUUACAACGUCUCAGAGAGCUUCGUGAAGUACGACAGCCCGAGCACGAAUGCGUCGAGCGUCGACAGUAUGGCCGUAUUUAUAGAGCUCGGCGCGCAUGCACGUGUUGUCAACUAAUGCUUUUUACAAUAUUUUCAUAUUACAAUGUAUUCUAAUGACGUUUUAUUAAAGCUGUGUUGGAUUUGCGCCGAAAUAUAUUAUAAACUGUCUUGGUGUCGAUUGUCAAAAAACGAAAUCACCUGCAUUUUCAAAUGUUUUUUUUAGAAAAAUAGAUUAUUUUUCCCACUUUACUCGCAUAAUAAUCACAUAAAAAUAUUGUGUUCUUCUUUUCACUCGAUAACUAUCAUGUGAUUUGUAAGUCCGAGGGUAGUAGUAAAAUGUUAUAAAAUUGUCAUCGUUUCUGUUCUAUCACAGAGAGAGCCACGCUCUAUUGCUAGUCUUAGCUUAUAAUACAAUUAAUAACAAUAAUUGUUUAAAAUAUAAUAUAGUGUACAGUAUACAAAUAAUACAAAAUUUUAUCAACGAUACAGGAUUCGAAUCCGCGACCUCUCGCGUUCCGUGCGUGUGCUUUUCCAACUAAGCCAACCGUUCGAGUGACGUAUCUUUUAUAAAAUAUUGUAUGCUUUGUUCAACUCUUAGUUUGUAGCAUGCUACAUGUAUUAAUCCCAGAAGUGAGGGUUAUCACUUUAAAAACAUUACAAAUUGUUUAGUGUACAGUUUUCUGGGUUGGGGGCGUUCGUUGCUAAGGCCACGCCCAUACAGCGACACGUAAUUAUGAAAUAAAUGCGUUCGGUAGUUGAUAGAUUUAGAAUAAACUCGCUCAUAGACGACCUGACAUUGUGAUCAAUUUUAAUGGGUCAAUGUGUACGUAAGGGCAGUAAAGUCCUCGAAUGAUGCCCAUGUACCGGAAGUUAGUAGGACCCCCACAAGAUGGACGGACGAUCUUGUGAAGAUCGCCGGAAUACGUUGGAUGAGGGCAGCGCAGGACCGAUCGUCAUGGAAAUCUUUGGGGGAGGCCUUUGUCCAGCAGUGGAAGUCUUCCGGAUGAUGAUGAUUAAUGUAACUAACCCACAGGUUAGCUGGUAUAAUAUUAUUAUUUAAUUGGAUUAACGGAUUAUUUUAAAGGAUUUAAACGCGUGUAAUUGUAACCGUGUUUUAACAUCAGAUUUUUCGUAAAAGUAACAUUUUUAUUAUUAUUUUAGUUAUGCGGACCUUUCCAGAUCACGUUUUCAGGAGAAUUUUAUUUGAAUAGUUUAAUAUUCAAAUUACUAACGUGCUAAUGCCAAGCGUGGCAGACCGUUUACGACUUUUCAAUCAAAGUCGUUUACGGCGACUAUAGAAUAUUUCUCCUAUCUCGCUGUAUCUCCGUUAAAGAUGUUCUUCUCCCUCGCACGCGUUGUUUUUCUCGCGCUAGUGUAUUGUAAAACUACGGUUAGUCCCUAUACUGUUAAGUUAUUAUUAAAGCUUUGGUUAUGUUAUUUAUAGAUAAGAUAUUUUAUAUCAAAUAAAAUUUGAAAAAAAAUAUUAUGAACGACGCGGGUCUCGAACCACGACCUGGCGUUCCGUGCCAGUUCUCUGCCAACUGAGCUAACCGUUUGAGUGACGCAUCGUCAUUAAAUCUUGUUUACUUUGUUCAACUCUCAGGUUGUGGCUUCAUCUACAGGAUCUACUUCACAGUUGAUAACCUGCUCAACCCCAAUAUAUGCAUAUUAGGAAUUUGACUUGAGAUGUCGCUCUUGUAAAUCUAAACAAUAGUAGAUGAAGCCAGAACCUGAGAGAUGAACAAAGAUACAAGAUUUUAUGACAAUACGUCACCCGAACGGUUAGAGCUCUGGCACGGAACGCCAGAGGGUUCGAGUCCCGCAUCGUUCAUAAAAUUUUGUUUUCAAAUUUUAUUUGUGUAUUAAGCCUAGAAGUGAGGGUUAUCAUUUUAAAAACAUAACAAAUUGUUUAUAUUUUAUAUCUCUUAGUAUUCGCCGAAAAGUCAUAGAAAAGUUCAAAGUGUAUAAAAAAUUCAUAAACUACACGUUUUCGAUAAUGUUAAUCCUUAACCUAUAAUAAUAUGUUUAUAAUCAAAUAAUAUGCUUAGAUCAUUUAUACGUCUAGAAUCUAGAAAGAUUUUUUUUUUAUUUUGAGCAAUGCACGCACACUAACACAAAUACAAAUCGCGAGUGUUAAACGUAGCUUGUCACGCACACUAAACUAAUAUUCCUGGCCUGUUUUCAUCGGUUGUCUAGCAGCAAGAGACUCUAUCUAGAAGUAUAAGUAAUCCAAAAUAAUAUGUUUUAAUAAAUUGAGCGACGCAGAAUAACAGAUACUCAAAAGUCAACGCGUGGAUAUCCAUGCACGUUAUCCUUUCAACUUAUCUUCACUUGAGACUAUUGUCCGGUGUGCUUCCUCUUAUAAAAAAAAACAUGGCGGCCAUUUUGUAAUCUGAUCAUUCGCCAUUUUGUUUUUCAUUAUCUGUUGUUGAAAACUGGAGGUCUAACUUAUAUCAAGGAAUUAAUUGCCCAUAAACCUAACGGGCGAUUUUUAUAUUCUUCUUUUAUUGUAAUUUGGUUUGAGCUUGUCUUGUUAACAAAGCUAUAAAUAAAUAAAUAUAAAAAUUCCGUUAUUAUAGCGACGGUAGAAAUACACUCUCUGUCAAUUUAAACUUUGUUGCUAUUGCGGUUAAUCAGAUACCCAUUCCCUAAAUAUGCAAAAGUACCAUUUCCUUCAACGCUAAUGUGAGCUGCGGGAAUCACUUUGUCGAAUCAAUUACCAACUUCAGUCCUCCCGAUAAGCGCCAUCCAUUAAUUACGUCAAUCUUUAAAUUCACCGGUGGGAGGGUUAUGGGUACGUUGUGGAACGGCGCCUAUAUUGUAAUGCAGGGCGUAUCAAUUAUUAUCAGCUGAACGUCUUGCUCGUCUCUUCUCUUAUUGAAAUAAAUAAAAUAAGGAAGGGGGAGGGGUCUAACCCAAUGUAACAUUGUGAGACAAGGAACAGUGGGGAUUAGUAUAACUCGAAAGUUAUCUGCAAGGAAAUAUUACUAACUCUAUCUUUAUUUUUAAGGCUUUAUGUAGGCUUAAGUCGUCGGUAAGUGCCAGGUCACUGUCCUCCGAUCUAUAAAAAGUAAAAUUGAAAAAAUAUGACGUCACAGCACGGGAGAGGGAUUUCACAGAUACAAUUUUUGUAACCUAAUUUAUGGAAGGCCCCGUAUGGCACGCUUUACGGCCGUUUUCAAUAACCUAUCUACGCUUAGUUUAACUUACGGAUACAUUGCUGUCACCGUUUACGGCAGUUCCCAAUAUACUAUCUACAGAUAGAGAUAAAUUACUACCUCCUACUGUCAGUAAUUAGCUGUAAAUAAUCUGAAGCUGUCCCAAUAUACCCGAUAAGUCAUUGUUAUCGCCUUAUGUUGGGACGCGUGAAUUGCAAUUUCCAUACAAACUUUAUAUCGCUGGUAAGCUAUAUGGGUCCCCAUUGACAAACAGCGUGCACGGAUAAGGUUAGUUACCGUCGAUAAGUUUAUUGGGACAGAAAAGUCAACGAUAGUUACGAUUUUUAUCUCAAGGAAGAGAUAGACUGAGUAUUGGGAACGCCUGUUAAUGACAAGAUCUUAUCUAUCCAUAGUUAUAGUCCAAUGCUAUCUGUCAAUAGGUUAUUAAAACGUAAGUAAGCGUAAAAGGAUAUUUGUCUACCUCUAGUAAGUUAAACUAAAGAUAGAUAGGUUAUAGAAAACGGCCGUUUGGAAACUUCUAGACUAGAGGAUACUCCUAAUUUAAAGGCCGAAACGCAUUUCUUCACCCCUGGUGUUACUGAUGGGUUGACUCAUGACUUCCCAUCACCCAAGUUUCUUGCCCUUUUAUCCCCAUAAACAUAAAAAAGGUGAUGUGUCAAAAACGAAAUUGAAAUAUCAUAAAAAAUAUCAUGAAAUAGUAUUACUGACUUAUUUAUUAUGUAUUACACUAAAUAAUGUUAAUAUAAUAUUAUUAUGUAAAAUGGUCUAUUUGUUAAUAUUAAAAUGUUCUUGCCA